UUUUGGGAGCACACUGGUGGAUUCUAUUUAUUUGCAAGAACAGAAAAGGUUAACACUCAGAUUCUGCUGGGAGUCAGCGAACGCCACAUGAGCCAGAGAGCGCAUGCGCCUGGUCACUGUGGCCAGGAAGAAGAACGUGCAAAGAACCCGUUAGGAAGCUUCUACUGUACAUCAGCUGUCUCCUUUGGACUCCAGAUCUCCGAUUUCAUAUUUAACAUGGGUCUUUUCAGAUUUGUGACUACAAUGGACUGGUUUGGUUUCGGGUAUUCUGCAGCCAUCAUUUUUGGAGGAUUUAUGGGAUACAAGAGGAAAGGCAGCGUAAUGUCCUUGAUGGCUGGGUUAGUUUUUGGUGGAAUAUCAGCCUACGGUGCAUACAACAUCUCCAAUGACACAAAGGACUUCAAAGUCUCACUGUUGGCUUCAGGAGUUCUCUUAGUUGUCAUGGGAAUGAGAUACAAGAAAUCUGGAAAGUUGCUGCCAGCCGGCAUUAUGUCAGGGUUGAGUUUGCUGAUGGUGAUUCGCCUGUUGCUCCUGGCCAUGGCCUGACCACAAAAGCACGUACAGGACUUUGAGCUCACUGAACACGCCUUGUUUUAAAGGAGACUUCAUUCCCAUUUGCUCAGUUUUGUACAUUGUUCUAAAUGGAUUAUGUUGUAUGUGUUAGGCGGUGUAUGAUUAUAUAUCUCAUCAUUUCAGAUGAAUUGCCUUAAUUGAUUCUCUCACAUUAACUGCACUACUGAUCAAAUGUAAGCAGGGAGGGGGGUCAAUGCGAAACUAAAUUCCUUUUUGAAGCAGAAGUGCUCUAACAACAGAAAAGGGAAUGUAUCUCUGACAUGUUUUUAGAAGAAAAAAUAAUUACAUUUUUGUAAUGGGAACAAAACUAAAUAAACUGCUUAAAUGAAUAAAUGUCAGUUUUGUUUGAAUGUGCAAGUGUGUGUGUACAAAAUGUUGUAAUGGAAUUAAAGCCAACUGGCACACAAAAUAACACAACCAGUUCUCAAAUGAUCUCCAAGAAUAUUUAUUAAGGUCAGUUUUAGUUUGCAUUAACAA